CUUGAAUUUGGACUUCUGGCCUCCUAAACUGUGAGAAAAUAAAUUUAUGUUUAUUAAAAGCCAUCCACAUGUGGUAUUUCUGUUAAAGCAGCACUAGAAAACUAAAACAGGGUUUUAACAAUGAAAUGAACAUAACCAAUAGGGUUCACUUUGUAAGAAGCUAACAAUAAAAGGAAGGAAUGGAUGUUAUUGCAUUUAGUUAGUCAGAGUAAGUGAAAGGAACCUCCUUUGAUAUUAGACCCUCUGACCUUUUAGGCAAGUAAUUUGUGCUUUCUGAGCCUGUUUGCACAUCUCUGAAAUGAGUUACUGGGUAAAUUGUGGAUUAAAUUUUUCCGUGGAUCAAACAUGUACAGGGAGAGAGUUGGCGUUCUCCCUUCCUUAGGCAACCAUUUCCUCCAGGGCCCUCCCUGCUUUAUAAAAACUGACAUUUUUUAUUUACAGUGGAGUCAUUGAUGAUUCUCUUUUUUAUUCUACUAAUAUAGUGCUUGAAGGAUACAUUUGCAUUUUUGUUUCCCACGAGAGUUAGCUCCUAAUGGAUGAAAACAACAUGCAGCAAAAUCUACUUUAAAAACUAACUUCACUAACUUGAAUGGACAUAUGGAUCACCUGGGGAUCUUGUUAAACUGCAGAUUCUGACUGAGGAGAUCUGGUGUAAGGCCCAAGAUUCUGCAUUUCUAAGAAGCUUCCAGUGUGCAAGUGUGGUUGAUGGGAAUUUUGAAGAAGUUACCAGCACAGUAAUUAAGUUUAAGCCUCCAUUAUACAGACAGCGUUAUCAGUUCGUUAAAGAUUUAGUGGAUCAACAUGAACCCAAGAAGGUCUGGUACCACUCCUGUUUGGUUCUGGAGGUGCACGCCGAUUUGCUGCUGCUUGGCUGCACCAGAUGUGGUUGCAGACUUGGGUUGUGGUGAUACUUCGCUCUUAUGGAUGCUAAAAUUCCACAAGUGCCUUGAACUGCUUGUUGGAGUAGAUACCAAUGAAGAUAAAUUACGACGGAAAGAGUAUAAGUUGUCUCCCCUCGUUGGGGACUAUCUAAAACCCAGGGAGAGGACGUUGACUGUUACCUUGUAUCAUGGCUCUGCUGUGGAGAGAGACUCCCGUUUGCUUGGAUUUGACUUGAUAACAUGUAUUGAAUUAAUAGAACAUUUGGAUUCAGAAGACCUGGCCACAUUUCCCGAAGUGGUGUUUGGGUUCUUGUCUCCAGCCAUGAUCGUCAUCACCACGCCAAAUUCUGAAUUCAAUCCCCUGUUUCCAGCAGUGACUUUAAGAGAUUCCGAUCACAAAUUUGAGUGGAACAGAAUGCAGUUUCAGACCUGGGCUUUGGAUGUGGCAAACCUCUAUGAUUACUCGGUGGAGUUUACUGGCGUGGGGGACCCACCUGCCGGAGCUGAGAAGGUUGGGUACUGUACACAGAUAGGAAUCUUCAGGAAGAACAUGGCAAAGGCAGCUGAGUUGUGUGUCCCCGAGGAGCAUGGUGAACACGUUUAUAAAGUCGUUUUUACUGCCACAUACCCAAGUCUGCAGCAGAAAAAGUACCGCCAAUAUGCAGUGGUUAAUGAAGUGAUUUCCCAAGUCUAUGAUAUGAGGAGGAAUCUUCUGGAAAGUCUGAAGCUGCAGGAUGACAAGGACUUUGCAGGUGUGCCGGAAGACACUGGCACCUCAGAGGCCCCUUGUCAGUGCUUCCAGCCAGUCCUCACACAGUUAAAUGCUAACAUGGAGAAGACUCCCAAGCCCUUCUGUGUUGGAAAUGUGUUUUAUGUACCCCUGGAAAGACUCUUCUCAUUGCCCAAAGUCCAACAUUUAUGUAUUAACGUAGAGAUGCUGAAAACUCUAAUUGCCGACGCAGUGAUGUUGAACAGCGAUGGUUCCGCAGUGAUGGUCGAUAUACAUGAUGAGGGUAGUGAUGACUGAGCAUCCUUGUUUCUUGAAAUUCAAGAUCUUAGCAAUAGUUGGACUCAUUUAGAAUUAAUACUAUUUUUUUGUGUAGUCAUAAUUCAGGCAACUUUCUUUUAAAGAGCUAAGUUUUGAUAGAAAAGGCCAUCUUCCAGGCCAGUGGACAAAUAUGUUUGACUUAACAGCCAGACUGCCUGCUGUAAACCUGAAAAAGAUAUUAGGGCUAAACCAAAAAUGGUGUGCUUUCCUUUGAAAUUAAAAUUUUUCUUCCAUAUUUUCUCAAAAACGAAGAAAAAUAGUGGGUGUGGUCAUAUUUUACAGACUGUUAAUUUAGAACUUAUCUACCUAACCCAAUUUUUUUUUAUAUGUGCUUUUUUGGGGGUAGGGAUAGGGAGUUAGUUCAUAAUGUGUUCAUUACUUGAAGUUUUAUGUGAUAGGACCAUAUGCUUAAUGUGACAUUAAAGAUUUAAAAGAAAAUCGGAUUAUCACGUAUAGUGUUUACAGCCUGACUCUACAU